AUGGCCGCUGCAUCAGUCCAGAACCCUCCCGCCCAACCUGAGUCCAAGUCCUCCAAGAAGAAGAAGGCCAAGGCAGCCGCCGCUGCUGCAGAGCGCACCGAGUCUCCUGCCCCGGCUGCUACUCCAGACCAGGCUGCUUCUGUCUCCGGAAACAACGAAGUCUCCGAGCAUGCCUAUAUCCGUGAGCUGAAGAAGGGCAUCCGCAACACCAACAAGAAGAUUGGAAAUGCGUCCAAGACUCAGGCUCUGGUCGACGAGCACAAGUCCAAAGGCAAAACCCCCGAAGAGCUCGUCAAUCUCAAGAUCAUCAAUGCCGAUCAAAAGAAGCAAGUCGACAACCUGAACUCCCUCAAGGCCGAGGUUACCAGACUGGAGGAGCAGCUAGCCCUGUACGAGAAGAUUGAUGGAGAGUACCGUGCCCAGGUUGCUUCUGUCAGGUCUGACACCGAGAAGGGCUUGUCCGAGAAAUACGAGCAGGAAAAGGCAGACGCUGUUGCCGAGGUCAAGAACAAGUAUGAGGCUGAUGCAAAGAAGUCGCUGCACGACGGUCUUUUGGUCCUCUCCCAGUUUCUGCGUCUUGCCGCCCACCGACGAGCCGAAGCUCCCGAGUCCACUGAGGACGAGGACCAGGCUCUGGAAGGGAUACUUCUGGGUGUUUACGGUGGUGACGAGGCUGCUGUCAGUGUCAUGCUGAAGUUGUGUGAAGGAACCGACGACAAGACUGCUGGUGUGGGAGGCGAGACUCUGCAGACGACUUUCGCGACCGUCAAGGCUUCGGCUGCCGCCCAUUCCGCACCCCUCUACCAGACCGCUGCGCAGGCCGAGACCGAGACCGAGACCGUGCCCACGGAGGCUACUGAAACUGCUCAGACCGACCCAACCGUCGCCAACGCUGGCCUCACUGAGAUAGACGCUGGCACAGACACUGCUUUGACGAAUGGACACUUGGACGAGGCCGCCGCGGAAAGCACAAUUCCCAAUGCUGAUGUCGGCGACAGCGCUGCGAACGCGGCAGGAGAAAACCAAUGGGAUACAGGCAAUGACCUGGCCGCUUCUCAGGAGUGGGUUGAGGUGCAGGCGCCACCCGAGACUCUCCCGACCGAUGCUCCCGCUGUUCCUGUCGUGACCGCUGAUGCCACUGCCACUGCUGCCGCUCCAUCUUGGGCUGACGAUCACCCGGAGCCCUCGCAAGAGGCUUCGACCCCCACCGACCCCAAUGACGGUUUCCAAUCUGUCCAGCGUCGUGGUGGAAACCGCGAUGGUGGAAACCGCGGAGGACGAGGUCGUGGCCGUGGAGGCGGCUUCCGUGGCGAUGGCUUCCGUGGCCGUGGACGUGGUGGCCCCAGGGGCCGGGGCGGCCCCCGCCGUGAUGCUCCCGAGACGUCGUCCUAG